AUGACAGACCAAACUGUUAACUCCGAAUCAAAGAAUCCUCUUAGAGUUGCAUGGCAAUUAAUGGUUCAACAACGUAUUCACAAAUCAGUUCCGGAAACGUGUACAACAUUCCGAUCCAAAAGCACAUUCGAUGAAGCGUCUGGAAACACUAAACGGGUCUCAACAAGCGCACCAAACCACCUCGGAGAUCACACGGGCAGUCAGCAGCGGCGCGCGGCCGUGGCACACGUGGCGAGAGGCUGUCCUGAGCGCGGAGCGGCGACCAUGUGCGCACGCGGGCGUCACGUGUGCGGGGCGGAGAGGCAGCCGGGCGGCGAGCGCUUGCGAUGCGUGUUCUGCGGGCGGGCGGCACCGAAAAGUGACUAA